UUCCUUCCUCCCUCCCCCUUCUCUUUCUCAAGAUCUCAUUCCCUCUUCUCCUCCGGCGAUUCGAUCUCUUGUGGUGACAUCCCCUCGACAAUGGCGACCAUGGAGAGCCUCAUCGGACUCGUCAAUCGGAUACAGAGGGCGUGCACCGUCUUGGGAGACCACGGUGGCGAGGGAGGAUCCCUCUGGGAAGCCCUCCCCUCCGUCGCCGUCGUCGGAGGUCAGAGCUCGGGGAAAUCGUCGGUGUUGGAGAGCAUCGUCGGGAGGGACUUCUUGCCUCGAGGAUCUGGUAUUGUGACGAGGAGGCCGUUGGUGUUGCAGCUUCACAAGACGGAGGGUGGGCAGGCAGAGUACGGAGAGUUCCUACAUGCCCCGAGAAAGAAGUUUGCAGAUUUUGCUGCUAUUAGGAAGGAAAUUCAGGAUGAGACUGAUCGUUUAACUGGAAAAACAAAGCAUAUAUCUAAUAUUCCGAUCCACUUGAGCGUUUACUCUCCACAUGUUGUUAAUUUAACACUUAUAGAUCUUCCUGGGCUGACGAAGGUGGCUGUAGAGGGACAGCCCGACUCGAUUGUUGAAGACAUUGAAAAUAUGGUGCGAUCAUAUGUUGAGAAGCCCAAUUGCAUCAUUCUGGCCAUUUCUCCUGCCAAUCAAGAUAUUGCUACUUCAGAUGCUAUAAAGAUUGCAAGAGAAGUUGAUCCUUCAGGUGAGAGAACUUUUGGAGUCUUAACAAAGCUAGAUCUGAUGGACCAGGGUACCAAUGCUCUGGAUGUACUUGAAGGAAGAUCAUACCGGUUACAACAUCCUUGGGUUGGAAUCGUCAAUCGCUCACAAGCUGAUAUAAACAAGAAUGUUGACAUGAUCGCUGCACGACGUAAAGAACAGGAGUAUUUUGCGACAAGCCCUGACUAUGGACACCUGGCACAUAAAAUGGGCUCAGAGUAUCUUGCAAAGCUUCUAUCAAAGCAUUUGGAGUCUGUAAUCAGAGCACGGAUACCAAGCAUCAUAGCUUUAAUUAAUAAAACAAUUGCUGAGCUUGAGGCAGAGUUGGAUCGGCUCGGCAGACCUAUUGGAUCUGAUGCUGGGGCACAACUUUACACAAUAUUAGAAAUGUGCCGUGCAUUUGACCGUGUCUUUAAAGAGCAUUUGGAUGGAGGGCGACCUGGUGGAGACCGGAUAUAUGGGGUUUUUGACAAUCAACUACCAGCAGCUUUGAAAAAGCUCCCAUUUGAUAGGCAUCUUUCUCUGCAAAAUGUUCGCAAAGUAAUUUCAGAGGCAGAUGGUUAUCAGCCCCACUUGAUCGCUCCUGAACAAGGAUACAGAAGGCUUAUAGAUAGCUCUCUAAGCUAUUUUAAGGGCCCAGCUGAUGCUUCCGUUGAUGCUGUGCACUUCGUCUUGAAAGAACUUGUUAGAAAGUCUAUCGCUGAAACAGAGGAACUAAAGCGUUUCCCAACCCUCCAAUCCGACAUAGCAGCUGCAGCAAAUGAAGCCUUGGAAAGAUUCCGCGAGGAUAGCCGGAAAACAGUUCUGCGGCUAGUGGAAAUGGAGUCCAGCUACCUUACAGUGGAGUUCUUCCGAAAACUGCCUCAGGAACCUGAUAAAGGUUCAAAUUCCUCAGCCCCGACCGUGGACAGAUAUGGUGAAAAUCACCUUAGGAGGAUUGGAUCAAAUGUGUCAGCUUAUGUGGGCAUGGUAUGUGACAUACUGAAAAAUUCUAUUCCGAAGGCCAUUGUCUAUUGUCAAGUCCGAGAGGCAAAGCGAUCGUUGCUUAACUUUUUUUAUGCCCAAGUAGGGAGUAGAGAGAAGAAGCAACUCAGCGGAAUGUUGGAUGAGGACCCAGGCCUUAUGGAGAAGAGGGAGGCCAUAGCUAAGAGACUUGAGCUGUACAAAUCUGCAAGAGACGAGAUUGAUUCAGUUGCAUGGAAAUGAUAUAGGCAAAACAAGAGAUGCAUGUGAAUGACAUGACAAGAAUGGAAGAUAGAGGAUUCGGUCAUUUUCAAUUUGGUUGGGUUGCAUGGGGACUUUAAAUUGUGCCUCGUAUCCAGACCUCCCACCUACUUCAACAGGAUACUUUUGAGCUCGGUCUCUUGCUGAUCUUUAACCAUGUAAAUGCUGCUAGGUGCGCCAUGAGAGCCUUUUUCGGCGUCCAAUCCCCAUCUUCCCUGCUGGUGGAUGCUGUUGUUAGGAAGGGAGAUAUGGAAGGACAGCGGAGGCCACUACCCUAACAAUCACAGGUUUUGAUUUUCUUGUAUUCUAGAAAUAAAAAAUUACUGGCUCCAUCCCUCUUCA